AUGUCUACUGAGACUACUCACGACCCUGUCCUGUACGAACAGCUUGAGGACAUCCAAGAUGACUUUGACCAGGUUGACAUAGAGUUGAUGCGCGUCGAGCAUAAAUUGACGCGCGAUCUCUACGCCAAGCGCGACAAGGUCAUUUCUCAAAUCCCAGGCUUCUGGCCUCUCGUUUGGGAGCAAGCCCCGCCCGAUAUCGACGAGUACCUUCAGUAUGAAGAUUCUAAUGUCAUUGCGUCUGCUCUCAAGAACAUGUCUGUCGAGCGCUUUGAGCUUCCUGACGGCGAUCCUCGCAGUUUUGCCAUCAAGUUCGAGUUCUCUGAGAAUGACUACUUUGAAGACAAGACCAUCGAGAAGAAGUUCUGGUAUCGUCACGGCAAGGACGAUUUUGCUGGUCUUGUGUCUGAGCCUGUUGAGAUCAAAUGGAAGCCCGGAAAGGACUUGACCAAAGGCCUGCUCACCCUGGCCAAGAAGAUUCACGAGGAUGACAAGGCCGGCAAGACUGGCGUGACGGAAAACAAAACUCAGCUGCUCAAGGUGAAGGAGGACGCUAGCACGGAAGGCCACAGUUUCUUCAACUUCUUCGGCUUCCGAGGCCACUACAUUACCGAAGAGGAGAGCCGCGAGGCCGCCAAGACUGCGGAAGAGGAGCGCAAGGCCCGCCAGGAGGGCAAGGAAGUCGAGGUGAAGAUGGACAAGGAUGGCGAUGGUGACGUCGACGUUGACAACGACGAUGCUGAGGACGAUGACGAGCACGAGUACAAGUACGACGUCUUCCCUCCCGGCGCCAAUGUCGCCCUUGCCAUUGCUGAGGAUCUGUGGCCCGAGGCCAUCCGCUACUUCCAAGAAAGUGAGGAGCUUGCUAUGAGCGAGGUGGACCUUGGGGAUGACGGUGCUGACGAGGGCGGUCAGAUGGACGAGGACGAGGACGAGGAAAAGCCCAGCAAGAAACGCAAGGCUUAG